AAUAUUAUGGUAUGUGAUAACUUCGAUGUGUGCGAAACAGUUGAGGUUCCAAUUGACGUAAGCCGUACUGAAAUUAAAAAUUCCGAAUAUUCCGUAAUAAAUCAUCUUAGUUAUGCUGUAAACUUUCUGGAAUACGCUGAUUGGGAAAAAGCUUUUAUAGUAUUAUAUCAAUUAACAAAAGGAAUUAAUUCCAAAGAGCGGCUUCUCGUAUUCACUGAAACAUUAUCCGUCUAUCAACCUCAAACUACAGUUCAGUUGUCUCAGCUUGUAAGGCUUACGAAACGUGUCGUCCUGUCUCUUGAGCCCUUAGAUGACAUGGAAGUUAAUGUACUUGCCCGUAUGCUUCACCUUAUAUCUUCUACUUUCAAAUUAAUCAUUAGCAGCAAUGAACUAAAUACUUUGAUGAAUGACUAUUAUGAUACCAUGGUGUCUGAUCUGUGUGAUCUGCUUAAUAAGUUUAAUGCAGAGUGGGAAUAUAUACCCAAACCUCAGUGUCGUUCAGAAUCAGAGUCCUGUCUAAACAUUGACAAUUUUCGAAGCAGAAUUGAGCAGAUGUCUACCCUUCAACCAAAAGGACUAGAACAUAUAAACAACUGGUUACACGCGCACUGGAAACUAAGUAGUUGUUUGUUUUAUAUGGGAAUGGGGGCAGCCAGAAGAUUGCAUCCUGAGGAGGACCCAACCAGAAUUGUCCGUUCAACAUUUAUAAUGCGUUUGGAAAGUUUUGAUUUAGAUCAAGAACGAGUUAUUCAGUUUGAGUCACCUGAUAAAAUGCAUACUCUCAUAUUUACAGAAAAACUACUACAAGAACUUCGACAGAGACUGCGUACGGAUGAGGUACUUAUAUCAGUAAGGAGUCACAAACAAAGUCAGUAUUGGUGGUACCCCGAACAGGAAUCCCAAACUCAAGUACUUGUAGUUAACGCUUAUACAACUAACGCAAUUUGGCAAAAGACACAAGAACUUACAGAACCCUUUCAAUAUAUUUCUAAAUUAAAAAUAAACUUUUCCGCAAGUGAGCCGGAUAGUGCUCGUAAACAAAAUCGAAUUAAUCGUGGAAUUGAUUUUGAUGAUCCUGAGGAGGAUGUUGAAAAUGUUAUUCACGACAGUGUAUACUCUCCAGACGAAAUACGCAUGUACCGUACCGAACUAUAUGGCCAGUCGGUUCUAGGAGUCACUUUUUCCCAGGCUGACAUAGACUUUAAGGUGAAACUACAGAUGUUAAAUGUACCUAAUUUAAAUUAUAUCGACAUGGAUACCGAAGGGUGUUUAAUUAAAACGGGUGUCAUAGAUCCAAAUACUUUAUUGUUAAGAAACCGAUGCUCCAAAGCGCGCCCAGUUUUUAUUUUUCUUCGUGCUGCUAAUUUAUCUGAAGCUUGGGAUCCUUUUAAAGACACUGGAGCCUUUUUCGCAUUUUCUACUGAAAUUCGUAGUUGCCGAAUAUGGAAUUAUGCACGACCAGAACCCAGCUGGCAAACGUUUGCAUGCCUGCCAGAAAUGAACAAAAGUGUGCACUUUGGAAUACAUUGUCAAUGUAGAUAUAUAAGUGACUUUGAUGCUGACUCUAUGCCUAUUAUUGCAAUUCCAAUAAACCUUAAAUGUCAUUUAGAAAUACCAUUAGUGGGUCGUAAUUAUAAUAUUAUUUUUCUCUACGCAAUAAUAACAAUAAUAACCGCAAUUUACUUAUUCCUAAAUAAGAAAACUAUAUUUGAUUGGGACAAGCAAUUGUAUGUUCAACAAUAUCAAUCGACUAAAUUAUGCAACAGUGGUGAUAUAGUUGUAUGGCUUACAUUUGGUGGCAGGUACAACGCAGGUACAUCAGCUAAUAUUAUAUUUUUUUUAAAUUCAAACCAAGCACAAACCAAAAUAAUUUUGUACCAAGAUCCUGUUCGUAAAACUUUUGAGCGAAACAGUACCAUAUCGUUUCGUAUUUAUCAUGGUCUUAUACAAAUACCAACCAGUAUAAAGUUGUUUCAUGAUAACUCAGGAAUAUACCCAAAUUUUUUUUGCCGCUCUAUUAUUAUUACUGACUUAAUAUCUGAUCGAAUACAACAUUUUCGAAUACAUCGCUGGAUUGAAGGGGUGACUUUCCAAACGCAACAUAAACUUAGAAACAUUUCGUACUGCGCGGAAACACUUCCGAAAGAAUUGUACACUUGGUAUCCCCGAUUUAAGCAAGCAUUGGAGAAUUAUAUGGGAAAUUGGUAUUUAUUUCAACCAAUAAUAGGGCCUUGGCGUUUUGGAAUGCCGCCCAAAGCAUACUGUCGUUAUGAGCGUUCCUGUAUAUUUAUCACGAAGUUAUUUGUAUCUAUGUGCAUAGUGGUGCUUUAUUUUGGACGGACAGUGUCGAUAGCAUGUGAUCCAAGCCCUAAAAAGUAUAAUGAUAUUGGAAUAGUAAUUUGGCUUUGCUUUAUUUGCUUUUUUGCCAGUGCAUUAUUACAGGAAUUAAUGGAAUUACUUCUUAAAUUAAUUAUUUAA